CGUAACGGAGGCGCGACCGGGCCGGAGCUGGGAGAAGGAGCGUGCCGAGGGAUGCCCAAGAAGUUCCAGGGCGAGAACACCAAGGCGGCAGCGGCCCGGGCGCGGAAGGCGGAGGCCAAGGCAGCAGCUGAUGCCAGGAAGCAGAAGGAGCUGGAGGAUGCCUACUGGAGGGAUGAGGACAAACACGUCAUGAGGAAGGAACAGCGCAAGGAGGAGAAGGAGAAGAGGCGCUUGGAGCAGCUAGAGCGCAAGAAGGAGACACAGCGGCUGCUGGAGGAGGAGGACUCAAAGCUCAAGGGUGGCAAGGCCCCACGGGCGGCUGCGCCCGGCAAGGUCACCCGUGCCCAGAUCGAAGAAACGCUACGCCGUGACCUCCAGCACCGGGAGGCCCCAGAGCCAGCUGAGAAGGCCCGGAGCCACCUGGAGGUGCCGCUGGAGGAGAAUGUGAACCGUCGCAUGCUAGAAGAGGGCAGUGUGGAGGCGCGCACCGUGGAGGACGCCAUCGCUGUGCUCAGCAUGGUUGAGGAGGCGGCUGACCGGCACCCUGAGCGACGCAUGCGGGCAGCUUUCACUGCCUUCGAGGAGGCGCAGCUGCCGCGGCUCAAGCUAGAGAACCCCAACAUGCGGCUGUCGCAGCUGAAGCAGCUGCUCAAGAAGGAGUGGAUGCGCUCGCCCGACAACCCCAUGAACCAGCGGGUCAUGCCCUUCAAUGCCCCGAAGUGAGGCACCCACCCCUGGACUGGGAGCUGCCUGCGGCUGGCCACACCAAGGGGGACAUGGAAGACGGGAGGCCAGGCACACGCUGUGGGCCGGGGGCUCCGUGGCAUCACGCCCCUUCCUCCUGCAGAGGGUCCCUGCUCCGAGCGACCCAGGCGCACGCAGGGCCCAGGGCUGGGUUCCCAAUAAAGGCAGGUCUGGCUGCA